ACUUCUAGGUGUUUCAUUCAUUUUUGUCCCCCCGCAAAAUGGCGAAUCUUGCCGCUGCUGCUGCCGCCGCUGCCGCCGCGGCUGCGAAUCGAGACCCGGCCGUCGACCGUUCAUUACGCUCAGUGUUUGUGGGAAAUAUUCCUUAUGAAGCCACGGAAGAACAGUUAAAAGACAUCUUCUCUGAAGUCGGACUUGUCGUUAGCUUCAGGUUAGUGUAUGACAGGGAGACGGGCAAACCAAAGGGUUAUGGCUUCUGUGAGUAUCAAGACCAGGAGACUGCGCUCAGUGCUAUGCGCAACCUCAAUGGCAGAGAGUUUAAUGGUCGCGCCCUACGUGUUGACAACGCCGCCAGUGAGAAAAACAAGGAAGAGCUUAAAAGUUUGGGAACAGGAGCCCCCAUCAUAGAGUCACCAUUUGGGGACAGUGUGUCACCAGAGGAGGCACCUGAGUCCAUCAGCCGGGCUGUGGCCAGUCUGCCACCUGAACAGAUGUUUGAACUCAUGAAACAGAUGAAGCUGUGUGUCCAAAACAGUCCGCAAGAGGCAAGGAACAUGCUGCUCCAGAACCCUCAGUUGGCCUAUGCCUUGCUGCAGGCCCAGGUGGUCAUGCGCAUUGUGGAUCCGGAGAUUGCCCUGAAAAUGCUUCACCGCCAAAACACAACUCAGCCACUCAUCUCAAGCGGACAAGGGGGAGGAGCUCCACCAGUUAAUCCACCGCCCGCCUUGGCCAACAUGGCAGCCCCACAGCAACAGCCUGUGGCUGGGAUGCACGUCAAUGGAGCACCUCCCAUGAUGCAGCCUCCCAACAUUGGUGUUGUGCCUGGACCUGGACCAGUGCCGGCCCCAGGACCCGCCGGCCCUCCAGGAGGGGGCGGCAUACCCCCGAGAGGCCUGCUUGGCGACGGGCCCAACGAUCCCCGAGGGGGCAGCCUGCUGUCGGUCACGGGAGACACCAUUGACCCCAACCGAGGCUACAUGGGAGCACCUCCACCCCACGCCCAGCCGCCGGUGCACAUGGGCCCGAUGGGAGGCGUCCCACCACCGGAUAUGCGAGGCCCCCCCAUGGAUCUGAGAGGGCCGCCGAUGGGCGAACCACGAAACAUGAUGGGUGACCCCAGGGGGCCUCCUAUGCUGGAGCAGCGCGGACCCCCGAUGGAAACCAGAGGCCGCGAUCCCAGAGCGAUGGACGCCCGCGGUCCCGUGGCAGGCCAAAGGGUUCCCAUGGCGGGAGGAAUGCAAGGCCCCAUCCCCCACAACAUGGGCCCCAACGCACCCCUGGUUGCACGGCCGGGUCCCGUUAUUUCAGGAGUUCCUCCUCCGGGAGGAGGAGGCGGUGGCUUCAGUCCGGCCCAGAACCAAGUUUCCACACAAGACCAAGAGAAGGCUGCCCUGAUCAUGCAAGUUCUACAGCUGACCCCGGAACAGAUCGCCAUGCUGCCCCCCGAGCAGAGGCAGAGCAUCCUCAUCCUCAAAGAGCAGAUCCAGAAAACCACCGGCGCACCUUGAUCGACACCCGGAUGCCGUGCAGGGGCAGGAAUGACAGUCUGACCUUAGUCAAGUUUGCCUCAUCAUUAGUUUGGAUGCUUGUAUAGUGUUAUUUUUUUCCAUGUCUUUUUUUAUGCAGUCCCACCAAAAAAGUGUGAAAACAAACAUCACCACAUCAUCCUUUAUUUUUCCCCACGUUUCAUCAAUAAAACAAAACUACGAAAACAUGAGCACUUAUUCUUUAUUUACCAGACACA